AUGAAUCUAUCUAUCUAUCUAUCUAUCUAUCUAUCUAUCUAUCUAUCUAUCUAUCUAUCUAUCGAUGUGUGUCCUAACAAGCCCCCCCCCCUCCCGCCAAAAAAACAAAGAAACUUCUCCCUGAUUGUUUACGAUUUUUCAAAUAAUUUUCUUCUUUUGGUCUUGUUUUUAUCUUCUUGGUCUAUUAAUAUCAUCCUCUUUUUUGGUCUGUUUGUUUCUAUCUAUCUAUCUAUCUAUCUAUCUAUCUAUCUAUCUAUCUAUCUAUCUAUAGCAACAAUUAUUAGCUCACUCUCAGCUUUUGUCCUUGCUCUCCUUCACUCUAAAACUUUGUUUUUUCUUUUAUUUCUCCUCUUUCACAGACCUUUUUUUCUUUCUCUAUCUAUUUCAAGCCACUCCUCCCUUUUGCAGAUUAAACCCUCUCCUAUUCCAGUUUUGCGUCUCUUUUUGGUAUCCAUUCGUUUUUAUUUUAUCGUCUCUUCAUUUUUACGAAUCACAUUUCUUUUUACUAUCUUCUCCUUUCUUACCUUCUCUGUCUUCUAA